AUGAUUCAUAAGAUAAGUUUAUUUUUCCUUAUUGUUACGUUUUUUCAAACAAUAAGUACACUACCUCAAUAUCUUUAUAAUUAUCAAGCGAAUUUACUAAAAAACAGUGGUCCUUCCUACCAAGGACAACUAACUGGAUUGAACAGUGUAAAUCUUGGUAAUGCCUAUCAAGGAAUUGGAGUGGGUUCGAAUUAUAAUUCAUUUACACCGCUUCAAAAUCGUCCCAAUAGUGAUAUUAUUUUACCAAUCAAUGAUAAUAAUGGCUUUCAUACAAAUAAAAAUCUUAUAAAUCCGCAACAACAACAACAACAACAACCGAAUAAAAACUAUUUUUACCACAACACCAACAAUGCUUGGCAAAAAAUAAAUGCAAAUAAUCCUUAUAAUAAACCUUACAAUCGUUAUUCACCAGGUAGUCAAGGAUGGUAUGCAACUGGUGGAAACUAUUUGAAAAACAAUGAACAAUCUAUUGCUACCUAUCCUUCACUUUUGAUGAUAAGUAUUUUGAUUCUAGCUUUUUGUAAAUAA